AUGCCUUCAAGCGACCUACCCAAGCGCAAAGCAUCUGAUGCUCCUCUUUCUCCGCCGCCCCUCAAGCGGAAACUUCAGAGCGGCACGACCAAGACUGCUGUAGCAAACUUCUUUACCCCAGCAUCUCAGAAACCCAAGGAUCCUACGGUCUGGUCUGAGCGAAGUCCUAACGACGAUACCCCUGCGACUCUCCUGGUCGGCCGAUUCGAUGGAGUCAAAGAAGAUAGAACAAUAAAGAGGAGGAAGAUAGCGGCUUUUGAUCUUGACUCGACACUCAUUUCAACCGCCUCGGGCAAGAAACAUGCAAGCAGCGGGACAGACUGGAAAUGGUGGGAUAACUCGGUCCCCGCCAAACUUCGAGAACUGUAUCAAGACGGAUACCGAGUCGUCAUCUUAUCAAACCAAGCAGGGUUAACGCUACACUUCGACCCCAAGUCCAAAGCACCAAAAGGCAAUGCGCAGAAACGAGUUACCGAAUUUAAACAGAAAUGCAGCGCCGUCCUCAAUAGUUUGAACCUUCCGACAUGCGUCUACGCGGCGACCGAGCAUGAUAUAUAUCGAAAACCGAGAACAGGCAUGUGGAAGGAACUCUGCGACGACUACGACAUCUCGGAAUCCGAGAUAGAUCUGGGGAACAGCGUUUUCGUCGGCGAUGCAGGGGGUCGCACAGCGACGUUGGGGAAAGGUCCAGACGGAGUUGCGGCCGCAGCUAAGGACUUCAGCUGUUCGGACAGAAACUUUGCCCACAACGUCGGAAUCCAGUAUCAAACGCCGGAGGAGUUCUUUCUCGGCCAGAAGCCUCGGAGUUUCGCUCGUGAAUUCGACUUGUCCGAGCAUCCCUUCGUCGACGAUGCUGAAUCGGGGAACUCCGUGGUGACCUUUGACAGAACUAACGACAUGGACAUCAUCUUAUUCUGUGGGCCACCCGGGGCUGGGAAAUCCACGUUUUACUGGAAAUCCCUCAAGCCUCUGGGGUACGAGCGCAUCAACCAGGACCAGCUCAAGACACGCGACAAGUGUGUGCAGGCAGCGAGGGAGCAUCUCCAAGCGGAUAAUACCAAUGCCGAUCCAGACACCAGGACUAUUUGGGUAGACCUUGCCAAGAAAUUCGGCAUCUCUAUCCGUUGUGUGUGGUUCAAAACUCCUCUCCAAGUCUGCGAACAUAACAAUGCUGUGCGGGCGCUAAACACGACAUUGAAUCCUGAGUCAAGACAGAUCUUACCCAAGAUGGCAUUUACAGGUUUCGCGAGCAGGUUUAAACCGCCACAGAUGAAGGAGGGCUUCCAAGACAUCACGGAGGUGCAGUUUCAGUUCCGUGGUUCUCAAGAUGAGUAUAGAAUCUGGGGCCGAUACUGGACGUGAGAAUAAACCAUGAAGAGAAAAGAAUUCCCCAAUUAUUCACCUUGGCAUCAUGUCAUCUCCGCAUCAUGUAAAUUCUUUAUCAUCAGCAGCUCCAAAUCCUCAUGGGGCAGUUGAGGUUCAAAUCGCCUCCGCAUAACCAUAUUGGGGAAGGCGAAGCGAAAAACGAGACGAGUUGACAUUUCAAGCGAGUCGAUUCACCGUAACAAACGGGGUUCCUGGGGUACCUAGGCAGUUUAUCUGGCAGCCUGGAGGUAGUGGAUAUCACCUCGACCAUCUAGAAUGCAGUAAAUGUCAUCCUUACUCGACCAACAACGGUCAACCCACACGAACGAGUCUGAAUAGAGAAACAUGCUCCUUGCCAGUGGAGACAUCGGUUGUAGAAAAAGAACCGGUCCGAAUCUUUUACUAAAGACAACCCAAACGGACUGGAUGAUCCCUGGGGCCCAGGGGGCCUGGCUCUAGCUUUAUUUGCUU